ACGACCAUGAAGCCAGUUUCGCUACUCAAUUUUGUGCUGGGCUUUCUGCUGGCAGCCAAGGUCGAGGCACAGCAGCAGUCCUUGACGCUGCCAACAACAGCAGCGGUAAACAAUCAAAGUCUGGGUCUACCCACAGGACCCGAGAAUCCCUACUGCAAGGCGCAGCUGUGUCCGCGCGGCAAGCGGCAUGUGGCGUGUGAAAAGUACACAACUCCCUAUCACCGAUCCUGCCUGGCUGCACAGCCGCAGCUGGUGAAUCUCACCGUGCACGCGGACAUGAUCCUCAAGCAGCACAAUGCGCAGCGCCAGCUGGUGGCCAGCGGCAAGAACUCCACGCUGCCACGCGCAGACCGCAUGGUCGUGAUGCAGUGGAGCGAGGAGCUGGCCACACUGGCCGGCUACAAUGCGCGCAUGUGCCAGGCGAGGCACGACGAGUGCCGCAACACGCACAACUUCACCCACUCCGGCCAGAACAUUAUUGUGUUCAACAUGACGCAUCACGUCGAGGAUGAGCUGCUCGAGCGGCUGUAUCCGGAGCUGCUGGCCAUCGGAGUGCGCACUUGGUGGUCGGAGCACGCCAACAUGACCGCAGCGGAUAUGGAGCUCUAUCCGUGCGACAAGAAGCGCCAGCAACUCCACCGACACUUUGCGGUCAUGGCCAUGGGGGGCAACUCGCAUGUGGGCUGCGCGGGCAUCCGGUAUGUGACCAAGGGCCUGACCUACUUCAAGCUGACCUGCAACUACGCCAAGGAGCCGGUGUGCGGCCAGCCGAUCUAUCGCAUCCGCACCGAGGGCUGCCUCACCGGUCGCAACAAGCAAUAUCCAGCUCUGUGCUCCCCCAAUGAAGUCUUUGCUUAAAACCGUCACUCAUAUGCCAUGUGACAUGUGGCAAACCCCCAUGUUUAUCUGACAAAAAUAUUCGUUAAUCCCACAGCCAAUAAAUAAACACACACACAGAGA